GGUCGGGGGCGGGGGCUGUGCAAAACUGGGGUGUAAUAACGUGGAGAAUCAGGAGAGGGCAGCACUGUAUAUACACACAGCUUAGAUUAAUAUCAUUACAAAGCUAACAGCACUGUUUAUAUAGGUCAGACUUGACGUCUACUACGAUUUUCGAUCCACAGUAAGGUGUCUUCGUUUACUAGAAGGUGCGAGAUAAAUACCACAACUUAUAUUUUUGGCUUUGAGGUCCGACGUGAGAAAUGAGGAAAUACGGAGAGGAAUGGAGAGUAGAUUCUGUGUUUUGAACGACACCGAGGACCUCAAAACACGAAUUUCAAAUACUGAGAACAAUCAACAUUUCGAAAGGUCCAAGACGCUUUUUGAAGAAAUACGUGCCUCCAUAAACAACAACGACGAGGAGGACCGCUCCUUCUGGAGGCCUGUACUCCCUUGGGGAGGUGUCUUUACCAUCAAGGCAGGUCGGAAAGCCAUAUCAUGCACGCCUCUGUACGUGGAAAUCCAGCUCAAAAACACCUGCACCAUCGAUGGCUUCCUCAUGAUCCUGUAUGUGAUUCUGCGGGACAACCAAGGCUUUCGGAGGGAGCUGGCUGUCUUCCUGGGCAAGCAGUUUGUGGAGCAUUUCCUCUACCUGAUGGACUCCUGUGACUACACCACGGUGAAGAUGCUGUGGAUCUGGGACAGAAUGUCUAAAAGGCAAUAUCGCUCUGAGAUCCACCAGGCAGCCCUGGAGAUCGACCUGUUUGGCAACGAGCACCAAAACUUUACAGAGAACCUGGAAAACCUCAUGUCCACCAUGCAGGAGAGCCUGUGCACCAGCUGGAGCUGUCCAGCCCGCUUCCAGGACUGCCUCAAAAGUACCAUCAACAUCAGUCCUCCUCACGAGCUUCCUCACAGAGACCCAAUUCAGUCGGCUGUGGAUGAGUUCUUCUGCCCCAAGCUCCUGCUCUGCUCUGAAAUUGGAUGUGAUGGUCUAAGGGAAUUCUCCCAGAGGAUUUUCUGCCACGGGCCUCCACCCUUUGUUAUCCUCAACAUGCAGCAGUGGAAGUCAGAGGAGCUGUCCUAUGUCCCUUACCAUCUGGCUCUCUGUCAGCACAGGUACACACUCGAGGGUGCCACACUGUUCAACAAGGAGGAGCAUCACUACUCUGCAGCCUUCCAGAUAGACGGUUGCUGGAUGCACUAUGACGGUCUGAGGAACGAUAAUCUGAUCUUGUUACACAAGCCCCCAGAGCUCCUGCUGCUGUCCUCUCUGGUCUAUGUCCGCACCUCUGACAAGUGAACUCAUCGUUUCUCAGGUGGACAUAGAGUACAGAUGAGCCAAAGUCUCAGCACACGCCAGAGUGAUUGCAUUCAUCCAGUUUUUGGGUUUGGUUUUUUUAAUAUUCUGUCGUUACAUUACCGCAGUGUUGUUCUUUUCUCACUGCAUUGCUAUAAGUUUUAAUUCCUGUCCUGGGUUAGCUUCUCCUCGAUUCAACUGAAUGCUUGGUUAAAGCUUACUGUGCAAAAUGGAAAUGACAUCUUUUUGGGCACGCUUGGAAUCCAAGAAUAUAAUGGACUAUAAUAGUUCUGGGUUGAGAUAUAAAAACAAUAAUACGAGUCAGUACUGAAUUUCAUAAACGUGCAGUGACCAUCGGCAUAAGAGAUUAGUAGGUGAAAUUGCUGUUUGGAGUUGAUACUGACACAAGUUUUCAGUACAAGUAUAAAAAGUGUUUGUUUGUUUUGGGUUUUUUUUUUUUACUUCCAUGGUUGAUUUACAAAACUGUUAAACUCGUUUGCUGGCCGUGCAUGCAGCGAUGCAGACCUCUCAGCUGUUGUGCAUCUGUUUGGCAGUGCUUUUCCAUAAUAACCACAGUAUACUGGUUAGCACUUAGCACAAGCAUAAUGACACAGAGGGUGCAAUUGAAUCUAACUUGGUCAUUAUGCCAAAGAAAAUAUCCAAACUGCUAAUGUACACACACGCAGUUUUUCCCAUCUUCACAGUUCCAAAGGUCUGUGUACAAUUCCUAAGUCCUCUCUGGUUCCUGCGCUGAUCAGAUCCAUUUCAUUCCCAAUGCAGACACACCAGCGCACAAACAUAAAAGUAAGCCCCCUUGUUACAGGGAUUCAACGCAGUACUGUAAUUUAAGCUUAUGCUUAUGCAUUUCAGUCCUUUCCUAAAAUUAAACUGGUGCUUUCCCCCCCCCCCUUACACACACAUUUACACUGUGGUCUGAGGAAAAACUACUAAGUCCCCCCCUACCAGGUGAACAAUUUAAGGUUUAAAUUGGAGGUAAGCAUUUGCCAAAACAGGUGAAAGUAUAAAAUGAUGCCAGAAGUAAUCUGAAAUUACACUACAAGCUGGCCUAGAAAUCCAUUCAGGCCACAUGUAUAAACCAAUGAAUAAAAUUCAGGCAUUUUGCAGCUUGUUCAGCACACAGCAGUCUCAAAAUGUUAUUUUAGUGUUUUGUUUUGUUUGGUUUAAGUCAAAGCAUUACUGUUGUCACACAGUGCCUCUCUCAAGGAAAGUUUAACAUGAAUCCAGUUGAGAGUUAAGUCUUGGAUCAAGAUUAUUUUAAGUUUUUUUUGUUUGUUUAUAUGCUGACACUGUCUUUACAAUACAAAUACAGAUAUUUUUGAAACCUU